UGUUAGCUGCUUUUCGUUUACGUGGUCUUGAUUUAAAAUUUGAUGCAUCACAAUUUUUGGUUGAAUUAGCAUCGACUGUACCAUCAGCUUCAUUAACUUCAUGGUUAGAUCAAUUAAUUGAUUUAUUAACAAAACGAAAUCGUAUGUUUAAAUCUUAUUUUAUUUUUUGUUCAUCGGAUAGUAAUAAUAUAGUUUCAUCGUCGAUUGUUGAAAAAAUACUUUUGACAAAUGUUGUUCAAGAAUUAAGAGCUCAACUUUCAAAUGAUUCUCAAAAAGAUAUUGAUAAUGAUCUAUUUGGAACUGCUCGAACACGUUCUGAAGUAUUCUGGGAACGAUAUGAUUUGUUAUUACAACGAACAUUACGACAUGAUGUUUUUUCACAAGUUAAUUUAGCAUCAGGAUCAUCGAAUACAGGACAAAAAUAUCAAUUGAAAACUAUCGAACAUUUAUUAGCUGCUGGUUCGAAAUCAGAAAAAAUUGUUGUACUUGGAAUGUUAUCACAAUUACAUGAGGCAAAAUAUGAUUUACAAGAUCCAACUGGUGUCAUAUCACUUAACCUAGAAAAUGCAACAUUUCAUCCAGGCUUUUAUUUUGAAAAUUGUUUCGUCUUAGUUGAAGGACAAAUUGAUGAUGGAAUAUUUAAUGUUACAGGUAUUGGUUUACCACCACCAGAAACAGCACAAAAUACAAGAUCAUACUUUGGUGAAAUAAAUAUAACAGGAAAUACUCAUGAUCAAAGUGCAAAAACAAAGAUUCGACUUAAAGAAAUUGAAGAAAAAUCUGAUGAUGCUUUUGUCUUUCUUUCGGAUGUUUGGCUUGAUGAUAAAAAGGUUAUGGAACGUAUUGAACAAUUAUUUGAUGGAUUUGCUGAUCAACCACCGUUUGCAUUUAUAUUUUGUGGAAACUUUCUUUCUCGACCAACAGCUAAUCUAUACAUCAACGAUCUGUCAGAUGCUUUUAAAAAUUUUGCUAAACUUGUUGCAAAAUAUCCGGAUAUUUGUGAACGUACACAUUUUAUUUUUGUACCUGGUCCACAAGAUCGACAUGCGCCAAAAAUCUAUCCUCGUGCACCAUUUCCAUCAACAAUUAAUGAUAUAUUAAAAAAACGUAUUCGUCAUCUUCAUCUUGCUACAAAUCCUGUUCGUAUACAAUAUUGUACACAAGAAAUAGUUAUAUUUCGUGAAGAUCUUCUUCAAAAACUUUGUCGUUAUUGUAUCAAAUUACCUUCAGAUAAUUUACCAAUGCAUCUUUGUCAUACGCUUGUUACUCAAGCACAUUUAUCACCAUUGCCUGUUUAUAUGACACCAAUCUAUUGGUCAUAUGAUCAUGCACUUCAUUUAUAUCCAUUACCUGAUUUAAUUGUUGUUUGUGAUAAAUUCAAAUCAAUUACAGAUACAAUUGCUGAUUGUACUAUUAUUAAUCCAGGUUCAUUUGCAAUUAAUAAAUAUUGCUUCAAAGUAUAUUUACCAGCAACACGUGAAAUCGAAGAUAGUCAAAUAACAAAUAUGUAG